UUAGCUUCGUGUCACGGUUUUUGCAUUUUUCAUUGCACGGAUAUCCAGCAGCACCGAGUUAGUGCUAAAAUAUAACAUACGUUUACAAAUAUUUAUCUCCAAUGCUGAAAAUGCUUACAAAUGAAAUAUCAGAAGGUACAGAUUUGGCCAGGAUUUAAAAAUUUCAGGCAGCGUUUAGGAUCUGCGUGUCGGUUGGAGUGUGUGUACCAGUGUGAGGAGAUUGUGUUUUCGAGCAUGGAUAGAGAUUUACUCAAGCAGACUGUGGUGUUUCAUGGACAGAGUCUAUUUUCUCUGUUAAAAUGUGAACAGAGUGAAAAUCCAGACUUUAAACAUGUCACAGCCGAUCUUGCCAAAUCUAUGAACCAGAGGGAUAAGGAAGAUGACAGUCCAGUGGUGGAACAGUUUAUUGCGAGGAAAGCGGACCUUCUGUUUGCUCCAGCAUGGAAAUCAACCACACCUGGGGAAGACAAGUGGCAGGAAGAAACACAAGAGCCGUACGCCAUCAUGCCUCCAUUGGAGCAGUUCAUGGACAUUUCUUAUAACGAAAGGAGAGAACUUUUCUACAGAGAUGUGGAGCGAGGCGAUGUCGUCAUAGGCAGAAUUUCCUCAAUUCGAGAUUUUGGGUUCUUUGUUAAUCUUCUCUGCACUGCUGGGGGAUUGGAGAGGGAUGUUGAAGAUCUGGAGAUCACGGGUCUGUGUCCAAUCAGAGAUGUCCCAUCAACUGGAAAUCAUGAUGAUCCUUUGUCUUAUUUCCAGAUUGGGGAUUUGAUUAGAGCUGGUGUGAAGGACAUUGAUCGUUAUCACGAGAAGCUGACAAUCUCACUUUAUUCCAUCUGUCUGGCCUCGAACAUGGAGCAAACCAAACUGGGUGUAAUAAGCAAAGAAGAUCUACCUCUUCAUUACACCCGUGGCGAACGGGCGACUGCAGACAGCGGUGAGUCGUAUGAGAUGUUACUCCAGAGCUCACUUGGCUUCUCUAACCCCUCCAACGUGGACUAUUUACUUGGCAAGCUGGGAAUCAGCGACACAAAAUCUCAUUCACUAAUGAGAGGAUUACAGAGUAAACAUUUCACUGAAGAUGAUUUUGCAAGUGCAAUUCGGAAGAAGCAGUCUGCUUCCUGGGCAUUGAAAUGUGUGAAAGCUGGUGUGAAUAAUUUCAAAUCGGGCCAUCAUGUAGAAGCGAUGAAUGAAUAUAACAAGGCUUUAGAAAUUGACACAAAUAAUGUUGAGGCACUCGUAGCACGCGGCGCUCUAUAUGCCACUAAAGGAAGCUUGAUGAAAGCGAUCAGUGACUUUGAGCUAGCUUUGGAAGGCUGCCCAACACACAGGAACGCUAAGAAAUAUCUGUGCCAAACACUUGUGGAACGAGGUGGCCAGCUGGAGGAAGAGGAGAAGCUGAUUACAGCAGAAGGGCUUUAUAAGAAAGCAAUAGCUUUAGACAACACAUUUCAUGAAGCAAAGGAAGCCUUGAGGAAGUUGCAGAUGCACAUCCAGAAAACUCUUAAACUGAAAGCUGAAGAAGCUGCAAAGGAGAAGGAAAAGCAACAAACUGUGGAGACAAGCGCAGAAAAAUUACGUAAGAUCUUAAAAGAAGAAAAAAGGAUGAAAAAGAAAAGGAAGAGGUCUGACUCCACGUCAGACACAUCCUCGAGCUCCGAUUCCUCCAGUGACGACUUGUCCAGUCGCAAAAAAACAAAAAAGCGAAAGCACAAACGCAGACGCUCUUCACACAGUGGUAAAAAACACAAGCAAAGGGUUUCAUCACGUGACGAAGAAGAGGAGGAGCACUACCCUGUUCCUGCUAACACCUCAGCAUCUUUCAUUAAUGAGAAACAAACCCUCGUUAAAUUGCUUGAUGGAGAGAACAGAGCUGAACACCAAAGAGUUUCUCAUAAAAAAAGCAAAGAAGGUAGGUUUGAAGAUGACCCCUUCACACGGAGUCCUGAGACUGAAGACAGGAAGGCCAAAGGUCAACAUGAGUGCCUCAGUGGGUUAAAUGACCGGGACAAAGACAAGUAUAGAGAUCGGAGAAGAUCUGAAGAUGAUCAAAGUGCUCGACUGGAAAGUUGUAGAAGCUCACACAUCACUUCCUGUAGAAAGGAUUCGUCCUCUUCGGCCUAUUCAGAGACCUCACGCAAAUCUGACUCGCGUGAUUUUGAUGCAUGCAACUCCAGCUCUCGCACAUUUGACUCACGCAAUUCCCACUCAUCUGACUCUCGCAGAUCAGACUCUUAUAAAUCUGGAAGCCAUGGGAGGUCAGAGGUCAGAGAUGGGAAUGAUCGUAGAUUAAGCAGCAAUGAUGGGAGUAAAGCCUCAGAGGGAAACCAGAAAAAGAAUUUACCCUCCAAUUUAUUGGAUAUCUUUAAUCAGAUUGCUGAAUUCGAGAAAGAAAGAAAGCAGAAGAAAUGAAUGAAAUGUUAUUUACUGUUGUCGCAAUUGCUUUGCACCUUCAAGCAGAAAGCUAGAGAUGGCGUGAUAAAUAUGAGAUAACCCAGACCUGCCAAUCAUUAUGCAUUUUGUGUAGAAGCUUACUUUGAACAGGAAUAUAUGAUUCAAGAUACACAAAAUAGUUCUCCCCAACCAUGCCCCCAAGUCAUUGUAUGAAUAUGCACAAUCGACAGCUAUGUAGGGGUUAUAAACUCUCCCAUAUUAACUGUAAAUCCUGCCUCCUUCCAUCAUCUCAUAUCUAGUACUUUUUUUGUCUUCACUCAAUUUUCCCACAUGAAAGAUGCACCAACAUGCUGUCAUCACUUUCUGUCACGGAGAAUGGAGAAUGUUUUGAGUUCAUUAAAUAAAUUCAGUGUUCCACACAGGGUGUUUCAAAAAUUAUGAUCUUUAGAUGUAAAUAUCCCAGAAAAUACAUAGUCUAGGAAAAUUAAACUGAACAGGCUUAAUGUUGAGCAAUGUAAGAUUAAUUCCUCAAAAUCUGAAUGAGAAAUUCAAAGGUAUGUGGAUUCCAUGAAAGAUUUCACAAAUUUUCAAUACGCGCGUUGCCUGAGACACGGCACUGUAACACACAAAACGCCUUCCCUUUUCCAGUGAAUGGCAUUUCUAUACCUAAAAAGAUAAAAACAAAAAACAUAAAAUUGUGACCUGUUUCCACACAUGCUGUUAAAAUUUGAGGUUAAUUGCCAGUUCUUGUUCAAAGUUAUUAAAUUGAGAGAUCAAAUUUUUUGAAACACCUUGUAUAUAUAAUUUGCUAUAAAAUAUAAUAAAGGAAUGUAUUAAAGGAAGAUGAUUUGGAUGAAAGGAAAAAAGGCUGAAUAUUUUGAUUGUUUAAAAAAAAAUUAUAGUCCUACAGCAAAGUCUUAAAUCUAACACUUUUUAUAAAUAAUUUUAAUAGGAAUGGUAAUUAGAAAGUGUUUAACACUGUUUGUUCUCCUGCAGUCAGAACAGACACAUUCAAACAGUUUGAGCAGCAGAUCAAUGGAGAAAAUGUUGGACAUGUGGAAACAUUUUAUGCUUUCUUCCAGUGGACAUUAGACAAGUGAUAAAUUUCCGAUAUGGAAAAUAAAUGGGUCUAAACAUUAUUCCUUUUCAACGUUGGCAGGUCUGGAUGUAAUGAUGCCUUGUAAUAAACAAACAUGAUGGUACAAUG